AUGUACACUCCGUGGAGACCGCCUUAUUUGUUGAUCAACGAGGACACAAGUGCUAUAGUUCAGGAAGGCAAGGAGACCAAACACCGCACCUACACUAGGGCCUGCAUCGAAAAUACCCCUGGUUCGCCUCUUCUUCAGCCACACACCCGUGACACCCCAAACAAGGUGUCCAAUCCGGACUCCUCCCUCGCCAUCGCUGUUAGCGAUCUUAUUCCCGAUGUUUCUUCCCAACAAGCGCCUCUCAAGUUUGAUGGCGCUCGAGCAACAGCGACUGCACAUCUUCGCCUGGACGGCGGCUCAGGACCGGGUCUAGCACUCCCCGCCAACCCGGUGAACCAAUCCCGAUGUGACCUGUGA